UUCUAGUUCCUAGAACCCAACAAAUUAGAUCAUUUGGCAGGGUUAAGAGAAAUGGAAAUUGAGCAAGUUCUUCACAUGAAUGGAGGGGAGGAUCAAACUAGCUAUUUCAACAACUCCUUACUUCAAAAGUUGGUUAUACUUAAGGUGAGAGCCAUUCUUGAAGAAAGCAUACAAAGAAUUUGUCAUUUAGGGUUUCCAGAAUGUAUAACUCUAGCUGAGUUGGGAUGUUCUUCAGGGCCAAAUGCAAUAUUACCAAUAGCUGAAAUGGUAGAAAUUUUGGACAAAUUAAGCCAAGAACUGAAUAUUCAAAAGCCACUUAAUAUUCAAGUCUUUUUGAAUGAUCUUGUUGGGAACGAUUUUAACACUGUGUUUAAGCUUCUGCCUAGUUUUUAUAAACAGAUCCAAAGAAAGAGAGGAGUAGCUUCAUGUUUCAUUGGAGCUAUGCCUGGUUCAUUUUAUGGCAGGCUUUUUCCCCAACAUUCUGUUCAUUUGGUGCAUUCUUCUUAUAGUCUACAUUGGCUAUCUCAGGUUCCGAAAGGGUUGGUCACUGAAUCUGGUUUGCCAUUGAACAAAGGCAACAUUUACAUAGCAAAAACCAGUCCUCCAAGUGUUCAUGAAGCUUACUUGACUCAAUUUCAAAAGGAUUUUACUAAUUUUCUUAGUAUGCGCUCUGAAGAGAUUGUAUAUUGUGGGAGUUUAGUUCUUACUUUCAUCUGUAAAAAUGAUGAAGAUGAUGCUUGUGAUUUCUUUCUAUUUCUUCCUAAAUUAUCUUUUGAUUCCAUUUAGAUACUUUUUUACUUCCGGUCUAUAUUAUCUGUCGUUUAAGGUUUUUGUA